AUGUGUAUUGUCAUCAAUGACAAGCUUCCCACUCCUGUAGAAGGUGCUGGUGGCACAGAGGUCUACAGUGACAAAGGGGUCGAUAAGUCCACAGUGGCGGCAGUGAAGGCCACACUGGUUAAGGCCCUCGGCGCUCUCAGUGGUAACGCGGUCAUUCUCUUGGUGGGAGAGGCACGCUGGGUCACCCAUCUGGCCAUACUGGUAAACAAGGAAAGAAUGCUGGGGCCGAACAAUGUGCUUAUGUUGCACCCUACGUCCGGCAGCGUUGACCAGAGGAUGUUGGUGCCACGCCUGCGGCUUGCAGCCAAAGUUCUUGUUCUUGAGCGGCAAUGUUCAGCCUCAGUGGGAGGUCAGUCUCCCGUGGAGACUGACAGAAGAUGUGUCGCCUCCCUCAGACAAGCUGUUCUGUUGCCUGCCGGGGGUUACGAUUUAAGGAACUUCAUCGAGGCGAUCCGUGUGGGACCCGGGCGAGGGUUCCUUGUGGGUUACUUGGGAGAAGUGAUCAACGCCUUGGCUGGAAGUCUUGACUUCCGAGUCGUCAUUAUGGAGGGUUCUGGCUUCGGCUCCGAGACGUCCAAUGGGUCAUACGAUGGCGUCGUGGGACACAUUGAGAGACAGGAGGGCGAUGUGGGGCUCGCCUCCCUCAGCAUCACCUUCAGGCGCUCCCAGGCCAUCGACUACACCUCGUGGCUCGUGUUCGACCCCACCCUCUUUGUCACCAGGGGGCCCAGCGUCCUCAAGGAUCACUUCGGAGUUUUCAAACUCUACACCGUGAACGCGUGGUGUGCCAUCGCUGGAUUUGUGGUUUUCUCAACUGGUUGCUUGUGGCUACUGUGGGCGCCUGAGGUAACCGCAGGCCCCUGGCGUCACCGCUCAGGAGCUUCAUACGCUAAGACAAUACUUCGUUGGGAACAUCGAAGUAGACACGCUAAGAUAAACGCGAAACCUUCCUUCUUCUCCGUGCUGUCCACCGUGUUGAAGGCCUUCAUCAACCAGGGAUCGAGGCACCCUCCGCCAAGCCUGCCUGGACGACAUGUGAUGGUGAGUGCCUGGCUAUCAGCGAUCAUCGUCUGUGGAGUCUACAAUGGCAACUUGACGGCGUUCCUGUCUACGCCCGUGCUGAGCGCCCCGCCCACCACCAUCCACCAACUAGUCGCGCGGGGCUGGAGCGUCCGGCUCGACAAAGCCUAUGGGGGCUACGAUCUUAUCAAGGACACGAAAACCGAGGACUACCGCACUCUGUACCAGCGAGCCGAGGAGCGAGGCCACAUCAUAGAGAACACCGGAGACGCCACCAAGACCAACUUUGGUGAACUGCUGCACAAAGACAUUGCUUAUGUCAUGGGCGCGAUUGGGGCGUAUUACACCAUGAGCAACAUUACUGGACCAGGGGGAAGGUGCGUCCUCGCCUACAGCAAGGAACCCAUGGCCCUCCAAUACGCCGCUCUCGCCCUCCCUAAAAAGUCUCUCCUUAAACCUUUACUUGAUAGAAAGUUACGGUGGAUGCGACAGAUGGGAAUCCUUCGCCAGUACAAUAAGAAAUAUUUUGGGGUCAAGUGUCACCAGUGGGAGACAGCUUCGUCCGAGCCUACGGCUAUGACUCUGGAAGAGGUGGGUGAUAGCAUGCUGAGACCACCAUCAUGGUCCAUGUUGCUGGGCGUCUUCUACGUGUGGGCGGGAGGCGCGGCUCUCUCCUUCCUCGUCUUCCUCUGCGAACUUUGCGCCAGGAAGGUUAGGUUAGGUUAACAGUAGUUUAUAACGGUCUUCACUCUAUCUGCCGUCGCUCCAUGAAACGUUAUGUUACUGGGCUCCACUCAACAGGACUACUGGGCUCCACUCAAUAGGACUACUGGGCUCCUAUAAACAGGACUACUGGGCUCCACUCAACAGGACUACUGGGCUUCACUCAACAAGACUACUGGGCUUCACUCAACAAGACUACUGGGCUUCACUCAACAGGACUACUGGGCUCCUAUAAACAGGACUACUGGGCUCCACUCAACAGGACUACUGGGCUUCACUCAACAAGACUACUGGGCUUCACUCAACAAGACUACUGGGCUUCACUCAACAGGACUACUGGGCUCCUAUAAACAGGACUUCACUUUACCCGCCUUCACUCUGUCAGGCAACACUCAUUAACUAACAUUUCACUACAGACCUUCACUCCACAGAACUUAACUCUCCUUCGCAUAACUCGAUCAUUCAACUUUAAAUUACAUAAAAUGAGCCGGAGUUUACACCAGCAAAACUACCCAGCAAACUGAAGUACGUAUACCGGCUAAUAAUACACGCGUAUAUCCUGUAUUUACAAGAGACGACGUAUAAAACAUACAGUCUACGAUACAUUGAAUCUCAGGUUUUUUGCUUCUUGUUUUGGAUAAAUCAGGAACUAAUAUCAAUUUAUUUCGGGAAAAUUCGUGCGAAACACAAGAUACUUGUCGAUCCCCCGAGGGUCAUUUCCUCCAAUUUCGUAAAUGGGUUGUAUGUAGCGUUUGACACCUGUGUGGGGCGUCAAUAGCUGUGUCGUAACCUUAGGUAAUUACGUUGAUGAAACGUAGUUACGUUAUGGGCUUUCUGGCAGA